GUUUACAGACAUCAGUCGCCAGACAUGUCAUCGCCAGGGUGACACGUGAUUUCGCGUCCGAAAAUCUUACGACGCUAAAUCGAGUUCGUGUCAUUGAUCACCACCUCACUCGAGUCCUAUAGCCAACAUUUUCUUUUUUUCAUUCCAUGCGCCCAGUUACACUUCCUACUGAAACAAACAUGGAGUAGCUUUGCAGCUCUUGCUGCACUGUAGUUACCGCCCCCAAAUACGAAAAAGCUGCGCCAAGACUUGAUCAAUACAUGCUCAAGCCACAACGACGAGACUGCUAUAUCAUACAUAUACAUGAACACUAGGACAUUGCUUCCCAAAGUCAAUGUGAAUAUGGCGGCGAUGUUCUGCGCCAGAUCUUGGACUGGAAGGCUAUGCCGUCCCCGGGCUUCACGCUUCCCUACAAAACAUGCCACUUUCUACCGGCCAUCAUCAACGUCCUCACAUCCACCUACACAGCCAAGAUCCUCACACACACGCCGCCGUAUCCUCUUCCUCCUCCUCGGCACCACCACAUUCCUCCUCUUCGCGACCCCGGCCAAACCGCCCACUCUCAAUGAAACGACAUUCGUCCCCUACACCAUCACCUCACGCGCUUCUCUAUCACCAGCGUCCUUCAUCCUGACGCUGGUCCCGCAAACACCCAACCCGGAGCCCAUGUAUUUGCUCCCUGGCACCAAUCGCUGGCGCCACCCACUCUGGAGCGUCGAGUUCAAGCAGCCCGAGGUGCAGAUCUCGAGGCACUACACCCCUCUCCCGCCGCAAUCCAAGGACGGCGAUGAUAUGUUGGACGGCGCCGAGAGCGAGCGCAACGGCGCUCUGCGGUUCUACAUCAGGGCCCAUUCCGAUGGUGAAAUGUCGCACUACUUGCGGAGGCUUCGCCCACAUGACACGGUGCAGCUACGAGGGCCUCACAUUGGCUUUGACCUGGUGAAACGGCUUGGCGCCUGCAAGAACAUUGUCUUCCUCGCGGGCGGCACUGGUCUCGUGCCGGGCAUGCAGGCUGCGAGGGUGGCGCUGGACGGCUACGAGGACACCAACGUCUCCCUCCUCUGGGCUGUCCGCUCGCGCAAGGAUAUACAGAGCACGCCACCAUCAGAGGUCAGCAACGGCUGGUGGGGGAGCAGCGGACCUACAGAGAUACAAGCAGCAGAAGGCUUGUCGCCAAUAGCGAGACAGCUCGCUGACAUGAAAGCGCAGUACGGGAAGCGCCUGAGUGUCCAGGUGGUCGUGGACGAAGAGGGAUCGAGCUUCCAGCCAGUCCAUUUGCAAAAGGCCCUGCUCGACAUUGGAAAGGAUGACAAGCUCGUGUCCAAUCCGGGAUCCGGAUGUGCGUUGCAUGAUCAAAAGCUGAGCGAGCAGGCAAGUGAAUUCGAGGGAGAUGCAGGGCCGAAUUGUGCCUGCUCGCCUGUCGAGGGCACGCUCCCCGGCAAAAACCUGUUCAUCAUCUCCGGACCAGGUGGCUUCGUCAAGCAUUACGCUGGAGACAAGGUCUGGCAGGGAGGCCGGCAGACGCAAGGGCCAGUUGGGGGAGUAGCUGCGCAGCUGCAGAAGAAGAACCCCCAACUGGCCAAAGAAUGGCUUGUGCUAAAACUGUAAGAUAGAACCAGAAGCUGUAUGUACAUCACUCUGUGUGCGAAUAGGCGAGCAGGUUAGAAGUCGAAGAAAGUAU